UUGAAUUAAAGGGAUAAAUCAUAAGUAUGUGGUUAAUUGAUACAAUGAACGGUUGAAUCGGAGUUCAUGAAUUCAGACAAAAUUGAUUAAGACCUAUGAAACUGAGGCUUAUAAAAAGUGAUAUUGAAGAAGAACAGAACACGGUAAUCAUUCAUCAAGGAUCACGAAUCAAUCUCUUUUGUAGAGAGAAGGAUUCACAAAAUUUACAUCCACAUAUUGGGUUCGGCCGCACGCUGCCGGAUUUGAUUCAGACGCCUGCCAGCGAAGUUUACUCGGUCGUCGACCGGCGGAAUUUCUUCUCUCAAACGCCGCCGGAUUUGAUCCAGGAGCCCGCCGUCGUGGUUUGCUUGGUGGAGCCACCGUAUAUUCUUCAAUUGAACGCCGCCGGUGGAGAACUUUGGUCAGCCGGUGUUCUGUUCUCGAUCGGGAACUGAAAAGUCAAGAACGGGAAAGGUACCAAUCCCCUUCUCUUCGUACAGAUUACUUUUUGUUUAAAAAAUCUAUAUCUAUUUGUGACAAUUUACAAUUACAUACUUCACUAAUCAUAUUUGAAUGUUAUAUUAUUUUUUUUGUUGGUGAAUGGGAAUACAUAGGUUAAAUAUUAAUUUUUAGUUAUUAAUUAAAAUUAAUUUUUGAUGUUAUCGUCCUAAUUGCAUCUAGUUCAUUGGUGUAGGUAUGGCAUCAAUUGAUAAAUCUUGGAUACAAUU